GAGAAGGCAGCCACAUCAAUUAAUAUGGACAAGUACCUGAAGAUCGAGAAAAUUGGAGAAGGUACAUAUGGAGUAGUUUACAAAGGCAGACACAAGGAGAGCGGCAUGAUUGUAGCCCUAAAGAAGAUUCGACUUGAAAGCGAGGAAGAAGGCGUUCCAAGCACAGCAAUUAGAGAGAUUUCCCUUCUAAAAGAAUUAGUCCAUCCAAACAUAGUAACAUUACAAGAUAUCUUAAUGCAAGAGUGCAAAUUAUACCUAGUAUUUGAGUUUCUUACUAUGGACCUAAAGAAAUACAUGGAUAGUCUCAAAGGAUCCCUAAUGGAGCCAGAUCUAGUGAGGAGUUAUUUACUUCAAAUCUUGGAAGGUAUAGUGUUCUGUCACUCAAGACGGAUACUUCACCGAGACUUAAAACCCCAGAAUCUGUUAAUUGACAACAAAGGGACAAUCAAACUUGCAGAUUUUGGCUUGGCACGAGCAUUUGGUAUUCCAGUGAGAGUAUACACCCAUGAGGUGGUCACUUUAUGGUACAGAGCACCUGAAGUCCUACUGGGUUCUGCCAGGUAUUCCACACCUGUUGAUGUCUGGAGUAUUGGCUGUAUCUUUGCUGAAAUGGCCACAAAACGUCCUCUCUUCCACGGUGACUCUGAAAUCGAUCAGAUAUUCCGUAUCUUCCGUACCCUUGGAACACCGAAGGAAGAUACAUGGGCGGGGGUAACAUCUCUACCAGACUACAAAAAGAACUUCCCUGAUUGGAAGACCAACAAUCUGAAGUCCACUCUCAGCAAACAUUUGGAUAACCCUGGUUUAGACCUACUAGAGAAAAUGCUAAUCUACAACCCAGCCAAAAGAAUUUCAGCUAAGGCAGCCUUGAAACAUGCCUACUUAAGUGACUUGCAGAUCAAGUCAUAGUCACCGGUGAUUAAUUUGGUGAUAAAACAACAGGACUGAAGAGACUAAUAACUGAUGAAAAAUGACAAUUUGUUAUUCUAUAUUUAUGGCAAUGUAAUAUACAAAGAUUAAUUAACCUUUGUUGAACAUUUUUAACUAAACUAAUAUGAAAGGAGAUCUCAAAUCAGGGAUUCAUAAAGAAGAAGACUAUCAUGUAUAUCUUUGUUGAAACAGUUAACUUGUAUAAAAGAAUGGUUUCAGGAACACAUUUGAAUUGAUGGACUAUGUCAUGAGGUCAAAUCUAGUUGCUAAUGUAUUUUCUAAUGUACAAUAUGCCUCAAUUCAUAAUGAAGGGAGUCGAUCUAUUUGCUCAGCAAUGCAAAUAACAUAAACAAUUGAGAUUUGUUAACAAUUUGUGCAGUAAAUCUACACCAAGAACAAGUAGUACGGUAGCAAAACUAUUAUUUUUAGGUGUCUUUGAACUUAGUUGUGUGGUAUUAGGUCUAGUUAUAUUUUUUUUAUACAACUAUGUAAUUUCUAUAAACUGUCUGUGGAAAAGAAUAAACAUCUUAAAUAAAUUAAUUUAAUCUACCUUUACUAAAUAUAUUCUAGACCAUUAACUGUUUGUACAUGUACUGUUGUUAAAGCCAGUUCAUUGUAAGUUGAAUAUAUUUUGCAUAAAAUACAGCUAUAAAGCUGUUGAAAAAAUAUUUUGGAUCAAAACUGAAGCAUAAAGAGGUUUGCAUUACGUUUUCAAGAACAUUGCACUAUAAUUUGACUUUGGUAGUUGCAUACAAUAAGCACUAUACAGUUAUAUAUAAAACGGUGGUGCAUGUCUAAAUUUGUGUAAAGGAAGGUAGAACAAUAAGAAGUACUGAUUUAUGUACUGUAAUUACAUUUGAUGAGAUUAAAUAUACAGCUUGUA